GACCAUAUUCACGGGAUAUUUACCUACUUUUCUCAAAGGCAGGCUCAAAGACAAAGGGAUAUCGAGCUGAACCAGGACUGGGAGUAGUGGUCACGAGUGACUAAACGGCUGUACAGGUUUACAGGAUAGGAGGAAAUGGCAGUUGCUCUGUCUCCAGCUUCUUCUGCUCGACUUAGACCUCAGUCAGCCGCUCGUUUCAUCUCCUUUCUCAAUAACAUAACCACCGGCAGAAAUGUCCUAACGGGAUUCAGAACCCUAACUAACAAAGCUCCUACUUUCCCGCCAUUUCUUCACUGUUACCCUGGCGUUCGCCAUCUCCGGCGCGAUUCUCCGGCGUUCAACAGGAGGUGUUUCUCCAGUGCAAUUGUUGGAGCUAUCUCCUCCGAGGAAGCAGUCGAAAAGGCAAAGAAGGAGUUUCUCGAGAAGCCGGAUGUGGGAACUGGCCAAAAGGUUCGGGAGUUUAGAAAACGGUUGAGGAUUGCUGACAUAAAGGGAGGGCCUGAUGAAGGAUUGGAUCGAGUGGGGCAGACGCUUGUUGUAAAGGGUUGGGUUCGAACACUUCGUGUGCAACGCAGCAUUACAUUUAUGGAGGUCAAUGAUGGCUCAUGCCUUUCCAACAUGCAAUGCGUGAUAAACUCAGAUGCUGAAGGUUAUGAUCAGGUGGAAUCUGGCUCCAUUUCAACUGGUGCAUCUGUAUGGGUGGAGGGUGCCAUUGUAGAAAGUCAAGGUUCAGGGCAGAAAGUGGAAUUGAGGGUCACUAAAGUCAUCACUGUUGGGAAGAGUGACCCUUCUUUUCCUAUUCAAAAGAAAAGGAUAAGCAGAGAAUUUUUGAGAACCAAGGCGCAUCUUCGUCCUCGAACAAAUACAUUUGGUGCUGUUUCAAGAGUAAGGAAUGCUUUGGCCUAUGCUACACAUAAGUUCUUUCAAGAAAAUGGGUUUGUCUGGAUUUCAAGCCCAAUUGUAACUGCUUCAGAUUGUGAAGGGGCUGGCGAACAGUUCUGCGUGACUACUUUGAUUCCAAGCUCUCGGGAUGCUUCUGAUUCACUAGUUGAUACUAUUCCAAAGACUGAUGAUGGUUUAAUUGACUGGUCACAGGAUUUUUUUGGGAAACCAGCAUUCUUGACUGUUUCGGGCCAACUCAAUGCUGAAACAUAUGCUUCUGCUCUUUGUGAUGUGUACACAUUUGGUCCAACAUUUCGAGCAGAGAAUUCUAACACUUCUAGGCAUUUAGCUGAAUUCUGGAUGAUUGAACCAGAACUUGCUUUUGCUGAUUUGAGUGAUGACAUGGCAUGUGCAACUGCCUAUCUAAAGUAUGUGGUAAGGCAUGUUCUAGACAACUGCAAAGAAGACAUGGAUUUCUUUAAUACUUGGAUUGAGAAAGGAAUCAUUGAUCGAUUGAGUGAUGUGGCUGAGAAAAACUUUGUGCACUUGGCAUAUACAGAAGCUAUUGAGCUCCUGCUGAAAGCUAAAAGGAAAUUUGAAUUCCCUGUGAAGUGGGGCUGUGAUUUGCAAAGCGAGCAUGAAAGAUAUGUUACUGAAGAGGCUUUUGCUGGAUGCCCUGUAAUUAUAACAGAUUAUCCAAAGGAGAUUAAGGCGUUUUAUAUGCGGCUAAAUGAUGAUGGGAGUACUGUUGCAGCCAUGGAUGUGCUAGUUCCUAGGGUUGGUGAACUUAUUGGUGGAAGUCAAAGAGAAGAACGCCUAGAAUAUCUAGAAGAUCGUUUGGAUGAGUUAAAGCUGAAUAAGGAAACCUACUGGUGGUACCUUGAUCUUCGCCGCUUUGGUUCAGUUGAUCAAUGUCAGAUGGCCAAGGAAGAUCAGACAUUGUUUCAUGCUACAAUUUUGAAGCCAUUUUCCUCAUGCAGGUUUUGGUUUGGGCUUCGAAAGACUUGUGCAGUUUGUCACUGGAAUAGAGAACAUAAGGGAUGCAAUACCUUUCCCACGGACACCAGGCUCAGCAGAAUUUUGAUGCCCAUUCUUACUUGAUGAAGUCAAUGUGGUCUUUCAAGUCAUUCAAAUAAUUAUUAUGUACCCAGUUAUAAAACUCUCUGCUUCUCAUUCAUUUGCUUUAAUUCUUGUAGAUGAGCUUAUUUAUUUGGUUCCUAUAAAUUUUAGAAAGGUCAGAUGUUGUAUAUAGAAUAUGGUGUUCCAUAUAGGGUGAAAAUUUAACACCAUUUUUUUGCUUGUCAUCCGAGACAUUGCUUUUAGCCUAUUACUAUUUUAACAUGAAUAUUUUUCUUUUGACUUA